AAGAAAACAAUUUGUUAUAAAAAUUUGUGAAAUGUUAUGCAAAGUUUGAAACCAUAAUAACAAUGGUAUCGCAGGAAUCGACACCAAAUAUGCCAGACAUGAGUUCCCUGAACUGUCGCUCGUAUGACCAUCUCUUCAAACUGAUAAUCGUUGGCGACUCUUGUGUUGGGAAGACUAGUAUUUUGCAGAGAUUUCACGGCGAGACCUAUUUGCCUGUCUCUGUGCCCACAAUCGGAAUCGAUUUCAGGAUCCGAACGAUUACUAUUGAAAACAAAAUAAUAAAACUCCAGAUCUGGGACACUUCAGGUCAAGAGAAAUACGACUCAAUUACCACAUCGUAUUAUAGGGGAGCGCUGGGAGUACUACUCGUCUAUGAUAUCACAAAUCGCAAAAGUUUUGAUAACAUUAAGAGCCGUUGGAUUAAACAUAUUAAUGAUCACACGAGGAAAGGCGUCAAAAUGGUUAUAAUCGGAAACAAAUGUGAUCUCCAAAUGAAAAGGGAAGUGAACUCAGAAAUAGCCGAUGCGUUGGCCAUUGACUACGGACUGAAGCAUUUCGAGACGAGUGCUAAAGAGAAUAUA